UAAAUUCGAGGGUACAAGUACAACAAAACGCCCAAACACAAAGGCUGAGUCUUUUUUGACUGAGACGACGUAAAGUUCGUUCCUUUUUUUUCUCAAAUAAGUAUCAAAGUUUUGAUGAAUUGAGUUUCUGUUCUGUAAAAAGCUACUAAGUUGCAAAAGCUAUGAAGCGAUUUUUCAAACCCAUAGAGAAGGAAGGCUCAACGGCGGCUAAGAAACCAUGCCUCCUCUCGCCGGAAAAGCGUGACGGAGACGGAGACGGAGAUGGAGUUGGAGAAGAGAAGAACCUGAAAGAGCCGUCCAAGUUUGUGACGUGGAACGCUAAUAGCUUCCUUCUUCGGGUGAAAAACAACUGGACUGAGUUCUCUAAGUUCGUUUCUGAUUUCGACCCCGAUGUCAUCGCCAUACAGGAAGUAAGAAUGCCUGCUGCUGGUGGGAAGGGAAAACCUAAAAAUCCUGAAGAGUUGAGCGAUGACACGAAAGUUUUGCGUGAGGAAAAACAGAUUUUGACACGGGCUCUCUCAAGUCCACCAUUUGGAAAUUAUCAAGUUUGGUGGUCUCUCGCGGACUCAAAGUAUGCAGGGACAGCUUUGUUAGUGAAAAAAUGUUUCAAGACCAAAAAAGUUUACUUUAACCUGGACAAAUUAGCAUCUAAACAUGAACCUGAUGGUCGUGUUAUCUUAGUUGAAUUUGAGACAUUUCGUCUUUUGAAUACGUAUUCGCCUAACAAUGGUUGGAAAGAGGAGGAGAAUUCGUUUCAGAGGAGAAGAAAAUGGGACAAGAGAACUGUUGAGUUCGUAAACAAAACAUCUGAUAAACCUCUAAUAUGGUGUGGCGACUUAAAUGUCAGUCAUGAGGAGAUAGAUGUUAGCCACCCAGAAUUUUUCGCAACAGCAAAGCUUAAUGGUUAUGUUCCUCCAAACAAAGAGGACUGCGGACAGCCUGGAUUUACACCAUCUGAGAGAGGACGUUUUGGUGCAGUUAUGAAAGAAGGAAAGCUUGUUGAUGCAUACCGGUAUCUACACAAGGAGCAAGACAUGGAAAGUGGCUUCUCAUGGUCGGGGAAUCCCAUUGGAAAGUACCGAGGAAAGAGAAUGAGGAUCGACUAUUUUCUGGUAUCUGACCAACUCAAAGAGCGUAUAGUAUCUUGUAAGAUGCACGGUCGUGGGAUAGAACUAGAAGGUUUCUAUGGGAGUGAUCACUGUCCUGUCACACUCGAGCUUUCAGCGCCAUCUUCAGAUACAGAACAGAAACAGGUUUCUAACUAAAGUCAUCUUCUUCUGUAUUAGGACAUAAGCCUUCUUAGAUUCAAGCCAAAGCUUAUGUUGUCAGAGUUAAGCGUAGAUGAUUUUUGAAUUUACUUUGCCUAGAGAUACAUUAAAGAUAAGGUUCAUGUUAUUGAGACACACUUAUUUGUCCUAGUUACUCUGAUGAACUCUCAACGCUACUUAUAGCUAUUGUUGUGCUUAUCUUUAACAUGCUUUAUUUU